CAUUUCACUGCAUUCCAUUGAGGAGUUUUUACCUACCUCCUUGAGCAUCAAGCAGUCAUGGGUAGCACUCUAAAGUGUCUGUCACUUUUGGUUCUUGUUUUUCUUGUCAUAGACACAACUAACGGGCAGGGACUGAAAUUGGGUUUCUACGGAAAGUCAUGCCCCAAGGCAGAGUCUAUUAUUCACAAAACUGUGGCUAAAUAUGUUUCCUUUAAUCCUACAUUCCCUGCUGCGUUAUUGAGGAUGCAUUUCCAUGAUUGCUUCGUCAGGGGUUGUGAUGGUUCAGUUCUUCUUAAUUCGACAAGCACAAAUCAAACUGAAAAAGCCGCAAUUCCUAAUUUAUCCCUUAGAGGCUUCAAUAUUAUCGACGCUGCAAAGGCUGCAGUUGAAAAAGUGUGCCCCGGAGUUGUUUCAUGUGCAGAUAUUCUUGCAUUGUCUGCAAGAGAUUCAAUAUCUAUGAUUAAAGGACCGUGGUGGAAGGUACCCACUGGACGAAGAGAUGGACGAAUAUCUACUAUUGGAGAUGCUUUUAUCCAUCUACCACCACCAUUCUUCAAUGUCACUCAAUUGAAGGCAUCAUUUGCAUCAAAGGGGUUGAAUGCGAAAGACCUUGCAGUCUUAUCAGGUGGGCAUACAAUUGGUAUUGCCAAUUGUGCAGGAUUUUCACAAAGGUUGUACAACUUCACCGGCAAAGGAGAUUCAGACCCAGCACUGGACAGCAGAUAUAAACUACGAUUGAAGAGCAAAUGUAAGCCAAACGAUUUCGUGACUACAGCCGAGAUGGAUCCAGGAAGCUUCAAAACAUUCGACUCAAGUUACUACAAGCUUAUUGCUAAGAGAAGAGGAUUAUUUACAUCUGAUGCAACUCUUCUAGACGACCCUGUGACGAAGGCUUACGUUAGGAGUCAAGCAACAACCAACGGACCAACUUUCUUCAAGGAUUUUGCUGUGUCUAUGCAGAAAAUGAAUGCUAUUGAAGUUAUCACUGGUAAAGCCGGUGAAAUCAGGAAACACUGUGCCUUAAUCAACUAAGUAGCAUAUUUGUGACUCCUGAGAUGAUAUUGUUGUGAUAUGAUUUAACUAUUUUUGAAA